AUGGCAAAUAUUCUCUUGGCAUCACUCAUCCUCCUUCUUUCUAUCGAGUUUAGCUAUAGUGGCGAUGAAACUAUUAAAGAAUGCGCGACAACAGGUCAAACACCUCGUCCCACAAUUCCACCGGAAUAUUGCCAAGACGUAAAUACCAAUGAGUGCACUGCAUUGUUUCCGCUGGACGGACAAAAAAUUCUAGACAACCUCAACGUCUACGGUGAGAAUGCGAAUAUUAAAGAAUGCGCGACAGCAGGUCAAACACCUCGUCCCACAAUUCCACCGGAAUAUUGCCAAGACACAGAUCCCAAUGCGUGCGCUGCUUUGUUCCCCUUGGAUGGAGCUCAGGCAGCAAUGAAUCUCCAAGUGUAA